AUGAUCCCCAUCUACUCUCUCGUCGCUUGGCUGAGUACCUACUUCUACAAAAAUGCGGUCUACUACGAGCUGAUCGGCAACUCUUACGAAGCGUUCACGAUUUCGGCCUUCUUCGCCUUACUCUGUCAUUACAUUGCGCCGGAUCUCCACAGUCAGAAGGAAUACUUUCGCGGAAUCACGCCGAAGCAAUGGAUCUGGCCCAUACCCUGGCUUCAGAAAUGCUGCGGCGGGGAGAAAGGGGUGUGGAGGAUACCACGGAGUGGGCUGACAUGGUUCAAUGUUAUCUGGGUAGGCGUCUUCCAAUACUGCCUUUUGCGCGUGUUGAUGACCGUCGUCGCGGUUAUCACCCAGAACUUUGACGUGUAUUGCGAGGAGAGUUUAAAUCCGGCGUUUUCGCACAUAUGGUGUAUGGCAGUGGAGUGUGUUGCUGUGUCCAUUGCGAUGUACUGCCUGAUCCAAUUCUAUUACCAGGUCAAGAAUGAUAUCAGCCAGUAUUCGCCAUUCCUGAAGAUCGUCUCUAUCAAGCUGGUGAUCUUCCUUUCAUUCUGGCAGUCUACCUUGAUCAGUUUUCUUUCCUCCUCCGGAGCUAUCAAGGCGAAUGAUACAAUACAGCAACAGGAUCUCAAAGUUGGACUCCCCAACCUACUCAUCUGUGUUGAGAUGGCGAUCUUUUCCGUCCUGCAUCUGUGGGCAUUCCCAUGGCGGCCAUACUCUCUCGCAAACGCACACGCCGAUGAGGUGACCGACUUCUAUGGCAACGGCAAAGCGACUUAUCAGGGUGGUCGGUGGGGUAUGAAAGCUCUUCUCGACUCGGUCAAUCCGCUCGACCUAGCCAAAGCCGUGGGCCGCAGCAUACGUUGGCUCUUCGUGGGGCGUAAGAAGCGAACGCUGGAUCCCAGCUACCAGAACCAGAGCGAAGUCAUUGGUCUUAAUACAACCAGCAAUGGCUCCGGGACAAAUGUCACAGCCUACCAAGGCGCAGGCGCUGUUAUGGCUGGCAGCAGAACGGCACCGUAUGGGACAUCGCCCGAUGAUGAAGGCCAGGUUCUUCUCUCACACGCGCAGCCAAAUCCGACGUUGCCGCCGACUGGCGACCUGGCCCCUCCACCUUAUGAUUAUGAGCAUGAUGGUCGCUUCUACUCGUCGCAUGAUCGGUUGAGUAGCGCGUCCUUGCUGGAACCUACACCAUCUCAUUCUCCGCAACCAUAUUCUCCUUAUGAGCAAUACCAUAACAACCCUUACGGGGUACCGGACAGGGAGGAAGAACUCCCACUAAACGCAAGCAACAACCUGCCCCAAUCUCAGCAGGGAGCUACCAGUCAUCAUCCUCACGAAGGGGAUUACUUGCAAGAGCAGCCACCUAUACCUAUGCCUGAUCCGUACCAGCCUCCGCCUGUCCACUUCGAUAAUGAGCACGGCCGGCGAUAG